AUGGCGGCUAACGCCCCGCUCUAUACCUUUGUCUCCCCUCGCGAGGGGUAUGAGAAUGCCCCUCAAUUGCCAGCUGAGCUCAACGAGGAUGGCAAGAGUUUCAGGAACCCACCACGAGAGGGAUUGAGUAGGGCGUAUGACGAGUUCCCGGCUCCCCUGGACACUGGGAGUCAAGCUGGCUUUGACGUCCACAUCUACCAUUUCCAAAGCAACCCGGAGCAAGUGAAGCAUGCUAGAGACCUCUGGGAGCGUAUCCGGAGAGAAUUCCCAGAGCUGAGAAUCUACCGAUUUUGGGAACAGCCCGUCGGCCCCCACCCCGUGGCCAUGUUUGAGGUCAACCUCUUCGCGCCAGCACAGUUUGGUGCAUUCAUACCGUGGUUGACCAUAUAUCGAGGCCCCCUUUCCGUGCUAAUCCAUCCCAACACCACCGAGGAAGGGGUUGACCACUAUGCCGCAGAGCUCCGCAAUCACACUCAAAGAGCUACGUGGAUGGGCGAAAGGUUGCCUCUGGAUACCACCAUUUUCUACCGCAGCGAAACCUAG